CUCGUCGGUCGCUAGUAUCCGCCGCCGGGCUGGGAAGGGAAGAGAAGCGAAGGGAAAGGAAGCGAAGGGGCCGCUGCGCAGCCAGGACCGCGGGGCGGGGGAGGGGCCAGCCAGGCCGAAGCGAGCCGCAGGCAGCGCCAAGCGGAGCCAGGGGGAGAGCAGCGCCGGGCCAGGCCCCGACGGAGAGCCAGACGCCGCUGCCCGCCCGGCCGGCCUCGCCGUCUCCCCUCAACGGAGCGAAGGUGAAGAAAGAAUUUUAGAAAAAAGACACAUUUGCCAUCAUGCCAUUUCCCUUCGGCAAAUCGCACAAGUCUCCUGCAGACAUAGUGAAGAAUCUGAAAGAGAGCAUGGCAGUCCUAGAAAAACAAGAUAUUUCCGACAAGAAGGUAGAAAAGGCUACUGAAGAAGUUUCAAAAAAUCUAGUUGCCAUGAAAGAAAUCUUAUAUGGCACAAAUGAAAAGGAACCCCAGACAGAAGCUGUGGCCCAGCUUGCUCAAGAACUGUACAACAGUGGUCUUCUUAGCACCCUAGUAGCCGACUUGCAGCUAAUUGACUUUGAGGGUAAAAAGGAUGUGGCUCAGAUAUUCAACAACAUUCUGAGAAGACAGAUUGGUACAAGAACUCCCACAGUUGAAUAUAUCUGCACUCAGCAAAAUAUACUAUUUAUGCUGCUAAAAGGGUAUGAAUCUCCAGAAAUCGCUCUGAAUUGUGGAAUUAUGUUAAGAGAGUGCAUCAGACACGAACCACUGGCAAAAAUAAUAUUGUGGUCAGAGCAGUUUUAUGACUUUUUCAGAUAUGUGGAAAUGUCAACAUUUGAUAUAGCUUCAGAUGCAUUUGCCACUUUUAAGGAUUUGCUUACAAGGCACAAGUUGCUGAGCGCAGAGUUCUUGGAACAGCAUUAUGAUAGGUUCUUUAGUGAAUAUGAGAAGUUACUCCAUUCAGAAAACUAUGUGACGAAACGACAGUCACUUAAGCUGCUUGGUGAAUUGCUAUUGGAUAGGCACAACUUCACGAUUAUGACAAAGUACAUCAGUAAACCUGAAAAUCUCAAACUAAUGAUGAACCUCCUACGAGACAAGAGUCGUAACAUUCAGUUUGAAGCCUUUCAUGUCUUUAAGGUGUUUGUAGCCAAUCCUAACAAGACACAGCCUAUAUUAGAUAUUCUCUUAAAGAACCAGACCAAACUUAUUGAGUUCCUCAGCAAGUUUCAGAAUGACAGGACCGAGGAUGAACAAUUUAAUGAUGAGAAGACCUAUUUAGUUAAACAGAUCAGGGAUUUGAAAAGACCAGCGCAGCAAGAAGCUUAAUAUACAAUAAACCCCUAAAAUAUUAAAUACAAAUUCAGCAUUUGCUGUUAGAUAUUCCGCAUCAGGCACUCUUAUCAAUUCAUGAGGAACAUUACUGCUAAUCUGCUGUUCAGUGAACAGUGUUUUUUUUCCUUUCUUUUUUUUUUUUUUUUAGUCCAAGUUGACAAACCUAGCUGCUGCUUUCUUGCACAAUGUGGACAUUUUGGUAUUUGUGUCUGAAUUCAAGCACACCGCUUGUUUUUAGAAAUCUUGGGAGGGAAAGAUUAUUGGUUCAUGAAAGCAAACAUAGAAGAUAGUUUGGGAUAGAAGAAGGUAUUAGAUUAGUCUUAAGUGACGGGGUGCAUGCUUGCAAAUCUGGUUCAAUCCGUAUGUUUGCACUUAACUUUGUAUGAGAUGCAAGCACAAUGUGAUCUGUGCAUAUUUGGCACCAUAGUAUAAGAUUGUAUGCCUUGAUUUAAAAAACAAAACGUGCAGUGCUUUAUUUGUAAUCAAAGGGGAAAUGUAUCUAAGAUGUGAGCUUACUGGGAUGAAGAGUUGUCUUGCAGAUAAAACUGAUAGUGACACAUAGCAACUUCUAAAGAGUGAAAUCUCAGAGUUCAUAAGGAAAAUGUAUAUAUGCCUUUCACUGCUUUAUAGAUUUUUUUGUUGUUUUUGACAUUUGGUUUUUUCCCGAUUGAGUUGUAGACUUGGAAAUAUGUUCUAAAGGGUCUUUUUUUGUUAAUUUUACUUUGAAGGCAUUUCAGACAGUAGAGUUUAGCAGUGACACUUUGCAUUUCAUUUCAACAAUGCUUGCUGGUUUCUUUUGUAUAUAACUCCUUAGGCUGCUCAUUUCUUUAAAAAUGAUUUAAUUUGUACAGCAGAGGAAUGUUAAUGUAUUAGUCUGUAACUUUUACCUGAUACGAAGUUUUGCAAAUGAAAGCUCAUAUGUAAUGAAUACUUUGGAUCACAUGGAAAUGCUGAUUUCACAUUUCUUAAAUACUGCAGCAUUAAAAGGAAGAAACCCCAUUUUUUCCUGUAUUCACUGAUCUAAUGGGUGCCAUCAGUUAGGGUAGGUUAAAACAUAGUCCUGGAACCCACUAAACUGUGUUCUUGAAUAUUGGCCUUAUUCACUUAUCUAUAGUGCUAUGUUCAGCCAAUUGCAAAUUAUGCAGAUUAUGCUAAAUUGAUACUAAUUUGUUUUUCUUGUGGGUAUCUACAGAAAAUCUCUAUUCCUUUUCAUGUAGUUAAAUACUCAGUAUGCUAGUGGUGAGAGUAAAUAACUUAUAAUUCCCCUUCAAACAACCAUAACUUCAUAACUGUCCUAGUGUCAAUGUCUUGUUCCUUAAUGCUGCAAACUAUCAGUAUUUAUUUUUUUAAAAGACUGAUUUUGCACCAUGUUUUUGUUACUGUGAUCAUAAAAAACCUGCUAAAUAUAUCUAAACUAUGUUAUCAAAAUGUUAUCUAUUCAUCUUAAUAUUAGUGCUAAGAUCACAACCAGCCAACUUUAUGGAUUAGGAGUAUGAAAGUUCAAAUUCUGCAUGAUUGAAUCUGACUGAGAGUGCUAUAAAAUUAUUUAUUGCUUUCUAGCCUCUUUCUAAUUAAAUUAUUUCCCAGUUGAUUAAACUCCUGGUUGACAUUUUAGCUCAUUUUAAAGCCUUCACGAAGGAAGUAGGAAAAUAGCUCCAGAAAAUAGGAUUCCGGUGAUUCUGAAUGUCUCACCAUGGUCAGACUUCCUUUAGAGGUCAUAACCUGUCCUUUGCAAGGUGAUUCAUAAUGUCCACUGAAAGAGGAAGAAAAUUAAUACACCUCUAUUAUAUCAUUUAUAUAGGCAGGCAAAACUGGCCAUGAGAUGGUAUUAUAGUUCAGUACUAACUGUCCUUUUUAUAUUUUGGUUAUCGUAGUUUAAGAGGAAGAAAAUAUUACUUGGCAAGUUAUUCUCCAUUAUGCAUAAGGCUUCCACAUUAGGGGGAAAAUGUAGAAAUGCUAAAAGUUAUGUAUGUGUAUAUAUAAAGUUAAAAGAUGAUUGGAUAUUGGUUUUGCUUCUCUACUAUUCGGCAUGGGAAACAGUGACUAACUUUUUUAAAACAUUAAACCUUGGAGUGUUGGCAUUCAAAAGAGUUGUAUUUAAGACCAUUUGAUGUGCUAUUCAUAUUAAAAUCUAUUGUACUGGAAGUGGUUUCUUAUCUGCGUGAAGGCUUAAAAUAAUAACUAAAAGUUAUUUAAUG